GCCGCCGCCGUCACCGACCAAACUCGAAUCGUCGUAUACUGCUCGUAUAUUGUACGGCCGGAGGAAGUAGUGAAGUACAUUAGUACAUGCGACGCAGUUGAGCUGAGGCUUUCGUAGCGUCAACAUACAACUGAACAACACGUAGCGGGAGAUCGAGAGAGAGAGAGAGAGAGCGUGUAUAGUUGUACAUUAACGCGUUCGUGCCUUAGGAAAAAAAAAAAAAAAAAGAAACACACCCUCGGGAGUACUUUUAUCCUUUUCACUCCCUGUUUCUCCCGCGCAUUGAAAAAAAACAGCAAUUGUACAUUUAAAAGACUGCCGACUCCGAACUGUGAUCGUGUUUACAAUAUCAUAUAAUACCUACAAGUACUUGAGAGUGUGUUGAUACUGUGUGCGUGCAGUCUAUUUGUGGGAUAACAACAAUACAGUCGUAAUCAAUCGUGUAUCACAGCAGUCGCGAGAGUAUACACAAGAAAAUCGACAAUUACUCAUCACAGUAUAUAUCAGUACAUCGUCAGCGCGCGGUAAGGAAUCUGGUGAUCCUCUCUUGCUGGAGUUCUGAUGCGAUAAUCACCGUCGCUGCCGCCUUGGAAUUUCUGUGUAUACACAACAUACCGACAAAUAAAGCUCUGCCGCUGCGACUGUUUCUCCCCGUCGCGUGUAAAAUUCUAACCUCUCGCGCACGAGAGGCACGGCAUACUUGUGCGUACUGCUAUUGUUGAGAAAUCGAUCGAGAUCUUUGAUCGUCCGGGGCACCUAUUUUCUACAUACGUGUGUCUAUAUACACAGCCAUACGGUGUAUUACAUACAAAGCAAGAAGAUAAAGACGUAAGAGAGAGGGUGUGACCUGCGCCCUCUUCUCCUCCUAAAUUGCGGGGGCCCCGGAUCAUCACCGUAUAUACAUACGCCUACAUACUUAUAUAUAAAAUAUAUACACAUGCAUGCAGCUUCUCUCAAGUGCAGCCAUCAGAGCAUUGUAGUCGAGGUUAGGUUCUCUCUUAGCUAAUUUGUUUAUAACCGUAUAUUUUCUUUGGGUGUGAGGAAAGAUAAGAGCCAUAUACCGUUGUUUUUUCCGUGGGAAAAAACAAUUGGAAAAAAGUUAGAGGAUCGGUAAGGAGGGCCCGAGCCUUCCUUUGCCUCGAGUUGAUCCUGCAGAUCGAUUUCGCCAUGUGCGACAACGCCAAUAACUCGACGACGCAGAGCAUAGCUGAUUACCUGUCGCAGUUGCUCAAGGACAGGAAACAGCUAGCGGCCUUUCCCAAUGUGUUCAUGCACAUUGAGCGUCUUCUCGAUGAAGAAAUCGCUAAAGUCCGAGCGAGCCUUUUUCAAAUCAGCGGUGCCAAGAAGGAUCCGCUCGUUCUUCCAGACCCGGAGGGCGAAGCCGUGACGCUCACGGAAAAAGUCUACGUACCUGUCAAAGAGCACCCAGACUUCAACUUUGUUGGAAGGAUCCUUGGUCCACGGGGUAUGACGGCGAAACAGCUGGAACAGGAGACGGGGUGCAAAAUCAUGGUCCGAGGCAAGGGCUCGAUGAGAGACAAGAAGAAGGAGGAGCAGAACCGAGGCAAGCCCAACUGGGACCAUCUGACGGACGAGCUACACGUGCUGCUGACGGUCGAGGACACGGAAAAUCGGGCCCAGCUGAAACUCGCCCGCGCCGUCGAGGAAGUUAAGAAACUCCUCGUGCCCCAGGCCGAUGGGGAGGACGAGCUGAAGAAACGGCAGCUCAUGGAGCUUGCCAUAAUCAACGGUACCUACAGAGACUCCAACACCAAAAUAGCCGCUGCCACAGCCGCCGACGAGGAAUGGAGGCGCGUCGUCGCCGCCUCGGCCGAGACGCAACGCCUACUACCCGGCCUCGGCACGCAGAUGAGGACCACCUCGGCGCCCCUCGGCGCCCCCCUCAUACUCUCCCCGAGGAUAUCCGUACCCACGACCGCGGCCUCCAUCCUCAACGGGUCCGCACCGCCGGGCUCCGCUCUCCUCUCGGCCGGUGACCCGCACGGCCUCAUCUACGCCCCUUAUGCCGAUUACGCCAACUACGCGGCUCUGGCCAGUUCGCCGCUACUCGCCACCGAGUACGCCACGGCCGAUCAUUCUGGUGGGUUGUUCGCUCGCUGAAACCAGCCAAAGCACGAGCGCAUUAUAUUUAUAUGAUUAUUACUACUAUUACUAUUUUUCUUCUUCUUCUUCUUCUCCUUCUUACAAUUAUAUUACUCAUGCUUCUAUUCUUACAUUAUACAUAAUUAUAUACUAUUACUACUACCGCGGAAAAUCGUGGUUCUUUCUUUAUUAUUAUUAUUUUCUUCUUUUUUUUUUUUUUUUUCUUUUUUUUUUCACUUAUUUCGUUUAUUUAUUUUUUUUUUCUCUUUCUUUGUUUACACGCUACUUUUCGCAGACGGCGUCUCUUAUAUUUUUGUCUCGGCGAGAUGACGUCGAAUAUCUGCUGGCCCCUGCGAAACCCUUUUUUCCCCCACAUCGUGCAUAUACAUACUGAUGUACACGUACAAGCGUUGCAGUUGUUGUUAUUGUUGUUUGUAAUUCUCGUCCUUAUUUAUACCUACGUACAUUUAUUAUUAUUACUAUUGUAUUGUACGCCAGUGUACGUUGCGGGUGUAAUAUUACGAUGUAACAUAUAUGUAAUGUUGUACGACGUAUAUGAU